CCUUGCAUGGGCUUGGAGCGACUCUUGAAUCAUCCGCAUACCUCAUUUUCGAUGCAUAUAUCCGGGUUGGUUUUCUAUCGGUUGUCAAGGAUCAGCGAGCGAUUGUCGGUUUUUUACCUCUUUUUGCGCUUUUGAUUUUCGGGAUACCACUGCUAUAGCCGCGAGCUCGGUCACAGCCUCUUCAUUUCCUAUUUCGACACCCUCUUAAUGGCCGGAUCCUGGGGCGGAUAUAUUGAUAUGCAUUUCACAGCAUGGAGGGCGGUUACGGGCGGGUUCUGUUUGUUUUUUUGGCUUAAGAGGAGACGCAGCAAUGCAAACCCCCCCCAAACCUCGGCAGAGACCGAGCAGCACUUUCUAUUUUCUUUGACCUAUAUUUUUCUCCCCUUUCCUUUUGGUUAUUCGGGGCCUGGUAGGAUGGCACACGGCACAGGAGGCUGGCUGGUCUCAAGACAUUUUAAACCCCCUACCAGCGUGCCUUCCUCAUAUCUUCCUCCCUUCACCUUCUUUAUUUCCCUUACCAUCUUGUCUCAUGGAUAAUGUUUACGGCCUUUACGACGGAUAUACCCCUUCCUUUUCUGCCCGGCUUACG